AUUUAUUGCAACUGGUAAUGGUUACAGAAUAAGCAGUAUUGUCUGUCACUUUUUAUUGUCCUUUUUGUAAGGAGAACAUGGAUAUUUUCAAUUUCGUAGUUUAAUUCUAAUAAUGGCUUCAUCUGUGCAAAACAAUCGAGUAUCAUCUCCUGGAUAUUGUGUGUGUUGUAGAACGUGCAAUAUGUGGUGUUGGAGAGCUUUUAAAUGGCUCCCAGUAUUGUUAAUAGUGUCUAUUAUAACUUGGUCUUAUUAUGCCUACGUUAUCCAAUUGUGCAUUUUUACCAUUGAGAGUACGGUUCAACAGUGUAUCUAUUUGGUGUUAUAUCAUAUUCUUCUGAUUAUGUUCGCGUGGUCGUAUUGGCGGACUAUUUUUGCAGAAAUCAAACCAAUUCCUGAGACGUUUAAAUUACCAGAGACUGAAUUAGAAAAAUUAUUGAGUGCAGAGACCGAAGAUGUGCAACGGUCUAUAUUGGACAACUAUGCCAAAGACCUGCCAAUUGUUACCAGAACGAUGUCCGGCUCGGUCCGCUACUGCAACCGGUGCGUGCUGAUCAAGCCGGACCGCGCGCACCACUGCAGUAUAUGCGCCCGCUGCGUACUCAAGAUGGACCACCACUGUCCAUGGGUCAACAACUGCGUCUGCUUCUUCAACUACAAGUUUUUCAUGCUUUUCCUCGGCUACGCUCUGUUAUACUGUAUGUUCAUCAUGGCCACGUGUCUCCCUUACUUCAUUAAGUUCUGGAAGAUGUAUCAGGAAUACAAGUAUGCCCACUGCGACCGUUUGAUUGAGAAAGGCUCUGUUUCUAAAAUAUGCAUGGAAAUGAUUAACGGAGAGUUUGGUGCGGCGGCGAGCGCGGGCCGUUACCACAUAGUGUUCGCUUUCUUCGUGGCACUCAUGUUCGCCAUAUCGCUGGGAUCACUCUUCGGCUACCAUUGUUACCUCGUUAUCAAUAAUAGGACUACUCUAGAGGCGUUUAGGGCGCCUAUGUUCCGCGGAGGCGCUGACAAGAAUGGUUUCUCCAUAGGAGCCUUCAACAACUUCAAAGAGGUCUUCGGGAACAGCCCUAACCUCUGGCUGGUACCAGUCUUCACUAGCUUCGGGGAUGGCAUCGUGUAUCCUGUACCGAAUCAAGAGGAAGAAUCGGAGUCUUUGCUGAGUUCGGAGCGCUGGGAGCGGUGGGGAGAGAGGGCGCGACCCUUCGACGAACGAGAGAGCUCCUCAUUCGACGAACUAUGAGUUUAGGCUGUUGUAACGGCCGCCUAGCGUGCAGGCUUGAGGUAUAUAAACUUGACCGGUGAUAACUUGCUGAUUUUUAACACUUAACGCGAUUUUCAGUUACAAGUACUUAUAUCAUCAGCUGAUAGAAAGCUUAUCUCAGUUAGGUCACUGAAUAUUACACGUUAUUAAGUACACGGAAAGGCUUAAUUUGCCUUGGAAUUAAAAGUACAAUGAGUGGCUUUACUGAACAAUAUUUUUUUUAUGGGCAAGAAAAUCGAUUACAUUCACUUCCAAUCAAAUUAUUAUAAUUUUGUAGUAAGUUCUGGUAUAUUUUUUAAGACUAUUAAUUCCUUAUUUAAUUCGUGUUGAGUGUUUGAAGUCUGUCGACAGCUUUGAUCGAUUUGAGCGAUGAUAAAUGAUAAUAUAUUUGGUAUAGUUUAGGAUUCAGAGAGUAUUUUUGUCAGGUACAGCUUUUACAAUGAAAAAAAAUACUAUAAUUAACUUAAACUAUUUUAUUUUUGUUCAACUAACUAAAGCAUUUCAGCAACUAUCAAAUGCGUUAGUUACUUGUAAAUAGGCUAUAGCUACAUUCCAAUAAGGCAUGUUUAAUGUGUCCCGCCAGUACAAAAGCAGCCAUAUGUAUUUAGUAAUAAAAGUCAUUAUUGAAAACCAAGUCUGCACUCAUUGGUCGUUUACAAGUCACUUAAAAGGUAUGGAAUAGGUUAUGUGAGUGAAAUGGUGCUGAAUUUACUAUAGAAUGUUAUAGAGGGAAAUAACUUGGUAGUAAGCUUCGCCUUACCAAAAAUAAUGAUAAAAAUAAUGCUGAAUUACAAGAUUAUUAUACCUAUGCGAUAGGGUAGUUGUCUCCAUUAUUUUAAACUUGUUUUAAAAAGGAGUAAAGCUUUGAUUUCUUUUACCAAAAAUUGAGCUUAGUUUUGUUGUAAAUUGAAACAAGUACAUUGUAUUAAUAUUGUUAUUUUAAUCAUACUUACUCAUAUAAUGUAAACUGAACAUAAAUAUGAAAGUUUGUGCGCAUGUUUGUUACUCAAUCACGUCAAAACUGCUGAAGGGUUCGUGAUGAAAUUUGGAACAGGGGUAGAUUAUGGCCAGGAAUAACUCAUAGUUACCUCACGGGAACGCGGGCAAAGGCUUUGGCAGAAGCUAGUAAAAUAUAUAUUACACUUCAUUGUCGAUGACAUCAUAGCUAAUAUUUUACAUUACUUUCGUUUAAUUUAAUUUAUUUACUUGCAAUUAUUAUUUCACGAAUUGAAGGAUUUAUUUAAGCAAAUGCAGCCAACUACCCUAUUGUUAAGUCCAAAAUGUAUUAUUUGAUAGUGUUAGAAGUAGAAGUUUUAUUUAGUUAAGACUGCCAUGGAUUUGAAAUGGUCAGUGUUUUAUUGUAAAUGCUAUUAGUUCUAAAU